AUGGAAACGAAACAGACCGAGAAAGAGAAUGAGAUUACUAGAAAGGAACUUGGAUUUGAGAAUGGUGAGUGCUGGUCGGCGAUUGUCACUGGAAAAAGCAGGGCGGGAGGAGUUAGCUUGUGGUGGAGAGAAGGACUACAAGUUACGGUGAUGUCUGGAUCCCUUAACCAUAUUGAUAGCAAAAUUGAUGAGGAUACAUAUGGAACAUGGAGGUUCUUGGGCAUUUAUGGUUGGCCAGAGGGAAGUGAAAAAUGGCUGACCUGGGAGCUUCUCCGUAGCUUGGCAGGGCAGUGGGAGGGCCCUUGGUUAUGCGGGGGCGACCUUAAUCAGGUUCUGACUGAAGCGGAAAAGGAGGGUGGUAACAGACCGAGUGUAACUGAGAUGUGGUUGUUCAAUGACUGCUUGUUAGAUAGAGGAGUCCAAGAUUUGGGUUUCCAGGGCUACAAGUACACUUGGGAUAACUCACGAGGUCAAGGAGGUUUUAUUGAGGAAAGGAUGGAUAGAUUUGUGGGGUCAGAUGCCUGGAGUGACAAAUUUCAAGAUGCGCGGGUACUCCAUCUUGACAAACGGAGAUCAAAUCAUAGACCGAUCAUUUGUGAUAGCUUGGGGGAGGAAGACGUUGAUCCAGCUUGGGGGAGGUCGUUCCGUUUCGACCCGAUAUGGGCCAAGCAUGGGGAUUGUGCACACUUGAUUCAACAAGCAUGGCAGCAGGGUGGCAUGAAUGAUAUAUGUUCAAAGUUGCAACAAUGCCGAGAGCAGCUGGGCAAUGGGGCAUGGAGGCCUUUCCGAACUUCAAAUUUUUGA